AUGAACUUCAUCACACAAAGAGUUGCGAGCAGAGCUGUUAGAGGUACUACCAAGAGCCUUCUUUCAGCGAAUAUCUUGAGAACAAACGUUGUUGGUAUCAAACGUUUCCAAUCUUCUGUUACAACACCUCCACUGGGUAAAGACGUCCCAUUGCAAGAGGAUGGAUAUCCAUACGUCAAGCCUGAGCUGUACUAUUACAGAGACCCGGAUGCGAAGUGGGAUGAUCCACAGAACCGUCGUAACGUUGGUGAAUUGUUGAACCCAGAUGAUGACAUUUUGAACUUGUGGGCUCCAACUUACUACGACACUGUGUCGGAUUCCACUGCAGUCUCAUUCCAGCUGAUAUUCUUUGCAGGAGUGGGAGUCUUCAGUGCUUUCAUGUACUUCUUUUUCUACCCAGAGCGUCGUGCUGUUCCAAGGGAGUAUCCAGAUGGGCUUGCACGUGACUUUGGUGCUAAGAACGACGACGAAGCCGCAUUGUACGGUAUGAGAGUGGACAAGACAUACUAAGAAGGUCCCCAGUUUGCUUUAACUUAUCUAUUCUAUUUAUUUUAACUUAUUUAUUUUACCAAAGUAUAUAUAUUUUUGACCCGUCACUAUAAC